UCUUGCAAACUUAAAGGUUAAACUCAACAUAAAGCACUCAUUUUCCUGCGUUUUCUACAAUUUGGAAGCAGAUCAAGAUCCAGAUCCAGUGCUGCUCUAAUCACAGGCUUUUGUUUCCUCCUAAAUUUAUUGUGUUUGUGUAGAUCUGGAGGUGGAGGCUGCUGGUCUAUGAAAUGGUGUCUCACUGACUCUUGUUUUAGCUCUUUGCUCCUCCCUCCUGAUUCCCCCUUUAUAUUACAUCAUCUCUGUACUUUCAGCUCUUUUAGCUACCUAUUCAGCUCGUCAUGGCUAUGGCUAUUGAUGGAGCUCUUGAGCUUGACUUUUCCGGCUAUAGCUCUACUGCAACUAAUACUACAACCACCACCACCACUUCCACGGAAAAUGAUCAACAUGACGGUAACUGGAAUGGUUGGUCUCCGGUUGUCGAUUGGGAAGCUUUGUCUGCCCACCAUGAUGACUUUCAGGAUCUUAUUGAAUCUAUGAUGGACGACGGAGGAUUGAACCAGACAACAUGUAAUUCUAACUCUCUGUCUACUGACACCAUGAUGGUGGAUGACGAAACCAGCAGUGAAGAUUUCAAGGGCUUGAGGCUUGUCCAUCUAUUGAUGGCUGCUGCUGAGGCGCUUACGGGUGUCAACAAGAGCCGUGAUCUGGCUCGGGUGAUAUUGGUUCGGCUCAAGGAGUUGGUGUCCCCUAAUGACGGAACCAACAUGGAGAGGUUGGCGGCGUAUUUCACCGACGCGUUACAAGGUUUACUGGAAGGAGCCGGAGGUGGUCAUGGCAAGAACUCAAUAAACAAUGGGCCCUACCACCAUCACCACCGCGACGAUCACCAUCAUCAAGAGGACAUUCUUGCGGCAUUUCAACUGCUGCAAGACAUGUCUCCAUACUUGAAGUUUGGGCAUUUCACAGCCAAUCAAGCUAUUCUUGAAGCCGUAGCUCAAGACAGGAGAAUUCACAUAGUGGACUACGAUAUAAUGGAGGGUAUCCAGUGGGCAUCAUUGAUGCAAUCACUGGUUUCACGGACGGAUGGCCCACCAACCCCACACCUCAGAAUCACAGCGUUAUCAAGAAGUGGCAGCGGCAAAAAAUCAAUCGGAACUGUCCAAGAAACUGGACGACGGCUGGUGGCUUUCGCUGCCUCUAUUGGUCUACCGUUUUCUUUCCACCAGUGCAGGUUAGACUCGGACGAGAAUUUUAGACCAAACGCUUUGAAGUUGGUCAGAGGAGAGGCAUUGGUCAUAAAUUGUAUGCUACAGCUCCCCCAUUUUAGUUACCGUGCACCCGAUUCCAUCACUUCGUUUCUAUCCGGAGCAAAGACUCUUAACCCGAGACUAGUAACCCUCGUGGAGGAGGAGGUGGGGUCCAUUGGGGACGGUGGUUUUGUAAGCCGGUUCAUUAAUUCAUUGCACCAUUACUCCGCCGUGUACGAUUCCCUGGAGGCGAGUUUUCCGAUGCAGAGUCGGGCCCGGGCGUUGGUAGAAAGAGUAUUUCUGGGGCCCCAGAUAGCGGGAACACUAGCUCGGAUAUACCGGGCACGUGCAAACGAAGAGGGGAGUUCAUGGGGCGAGCGGUUGGGUGCGGUAGGGUUUAGAGCAGCGAACAUAAGUUUCGCCAAUCAUUGUCAAGCAAAGCUAUUGAUAGGACUAUUCAAUGAUGGGUAUAGGGUGGAGAAAUUGGAUGGAAAUAGGCUAGUGUUGGGUUGGAAAUCGAGACGCCUUCUCUCGGCCUCUAUUUGGACUUCUCCUUUUGACUCUGAUUUGUAAAUUAAUAAAGCAUCUUUUCAUUCUA